UAUUGUUGUCAUAGCUCGAUAGCUCUCUUCCGUGAAUUGAUGCUCUCAGAAUGAGUCACGAAUACGUAGCAGAAUAUUCGUUGUUCUUCAAGAAAGACAAAGCAAACAGCUCAAACUAGUCCACUUAAGCUGUCCAUCCUGUCUUUAUCUAACUACAUUCCAAAAUUGCUGCGUGAAAGAUUCGAAGAAUUAUUACAAUUUACGAGUUAAAUCCGCCUGGCACAACAAAGGAAUUUUCCUGCUGACCUGACGGAGCUGUGUUAUUUACAUUACACGGAGAGACUUACGCUACGCUCGCUACGUGGAACUUUACAACUAGGCCUACUUUGAACGUGGAUUGUUACUUUUGGAGUUAGAUUUCACAUUAAUGCAGACAUUGUUGACAUAAUGAAGGACGAAAUAGCAGCAGCAGUUGUAUUUCUGACAAGGAUCGUGAAGAGGAACACGAGCCUAACAGCUGAACAAAUGAGUAAAUUCUCGGAAAAGUUGGCGCUAACACUCAUUGAGAAGUUCAGAAAUCACUGGUAUGAGGACAAGCCGUCGAAAGGACAAGCGUAUCGCUGCAUUCGAGUUAGCAGAAACGAGCCCCGAGAUAGUGUGAUAAGCAAGACUGCCAAAGACUGUGGAAUUCAUUACAAUCACCUCAACCUACCCGCAGAAUUGUGUCUUUGGGUGGACCCUUUGGAAGUCAGUUGCAGGUUUGGAGAGAGAGGAACAGUUUGUGAAGUAGCUACCUUCAACCAGCAAACUCUGACAGACAACAGACCAUCAACUCCAAUAUCAUCAUCAAACAAUGCCUUCAACGACAACAAUGCAAAUCAACUCUCCCCCACUCCCUCUCCCCCCUCCAGCCCUCCCAGACAGCUCGUCAUCAAUGAUAACCUGAGACCAAACAGCGGUAGGAAGAUGGUGAACUCCUCUCAAUACGUGUUCAAUAGGAACGCAACCAACACGCCUCGUGUUAUACAGCGCCCUCAGAACAAGGUGUGGGUCCGUCAACCAAACCCUGAACAGUACCGAUGGGUCAACAAAUCCAUUGCUGGCAGAGCAUAGCUCCCAUCGCUCUCUCCCUCCCUCCCUCCACGUCAAACUCUCAUUCCCUAAACUAUGGUGCAAACAUUGUGACUUCCCUUUUGGCUAUCGUUGUUUUUUUAAAGGUUUUUAACUUUUUAUAGAUAUUUUGUGCUUGCUUGUGAUAAUUGAUGCUGCGUGAUUGAAUUGAUGUUGUUUUUGUAUCUGGGAAUCAGAGAUUAUGGAAGAGUGUUUAUGGCACUGAAUUCAUAUUAGAUCUUUUUCACAUUUUUUAUAUCAAACUGUACAAUGUCAGGACAUCUUUCAACAUGUGUGCAUUAGUCAUUUUUAUAAAAUUUAAAACCGUUUUUUAUGUUUUGUGAUAUGUUUGUAAAAGGUAUCGGUCUCUGCCAUUCAUCAAAGAACUAUGUAAAAAAAAAAUGCAGUGAUUUUCCAGAAUGCUUGUAUUAUGAUACCAAAGUACUGAAAUGAUGUAUAGAGUCACUGUGUGUUGUUUGUUUGUCUGGUGUGAGACACGUUUUCCUAACCAUGCCAAAGACAAACAGACAUGUGUAAAGUAAUAGAAUCAUGAAUGGAGAAAAUAUUUAUUUCUAGAUUGAACAAAAAAAAAUAAAACAUCAAAUGACAACUAUUAAAA